ACAGUUUUAAAUCGCAAGCAGAGGCUCGCGUCAGUGGUACGUCGUCUCGUAGUUCUAAAUAUUUAUUAACAAUUAAAUAUUCGUGUAGUUUUGAGAUAGAACCGCCGUUUCUGUUCUAGUCAGGCACGCUUUGGCGCUGUUGGUAUUUAUGGUGACUUUGUUCAAAAUACAAAAAAGAAGCUGCAUAAGUUCGUGUGCAUGAAAACUCCAAACAAUAAACAAAACGCUGAACAAUAAAAAAUAUAUAAAAAAAUUGCGAAAUGCCCUCGAAGAUCAUCUUGAGCGCUUUGCUCUUGCUUGCCAUAACAAGCAGCUUUCCAGAGGCUUUAGGUAAAAAUGUAGACAAGCGUUGCGUGAAUUGCACGUAUCGUACAUACUACACCUCCGCCAGCAGUCCGUCACAACAGUAUACAGUGCGCGAUUCAAGUGCCGGCACAUAUGGCUGCCAUGGUAAUCCAUGCGGCGUUAAUGCUGUCUGCCAGGAAGCUUCUGGCGGCCGCCCGGUCUGUUCUUGCCCACCCGGCCAUAGCGGCAAUCCGCUGACUCACUGCAAUCGUGGCGAAUGCUUGGAUAAUGUUGACUGCCGUGGUGACUUGCAGUGCAAGGAUAAUCGCUGCGUGAAUCCCUGUGUGGGCGCUUGUGGUCUCAGUGCCAACUGUGAGCCGAAAAACCACGUUGCCGUUUGUAGUUGCCCAACAGGCUACAGAGGCGAUCCCUUCACUGCUUGCCAUCGAGUUGAUCCUGACGAGCAAUGCCAUCCAAGUCCAUGCGGUGUUAACACGAAAUGUGAGAUUAUAAAUGGCGUACCCACUUGUUCGUGCAUACACGGUUUCACUGGCAAUCCUCUCUCCGGCUGUCGCCACGAAUGUGAACACGAUGGGGAUUGCAGUGCCCGCGACAUGUGUAGCAACUAUAAAUGCGUACCCGCUUGCCAGCAGUGCGGCACUGGCGCCACUUGUAACUCGGUUGCGGCGCAUCGCGCUGUUUGUGAAUGCCCCAAGGGUUACAUUGGCUCACCAUACACCGAAUGUCGUCCCGAGUGCUAUGGCGAUGUUGAUUGUCCAGCCAGUCGUCCCGCUUGUUUCUAUGGCAUCUGCAAGAAUACGUGUGACGGCGCUUGCGGUGUCGGCGCCGACUGCAACUUACGCGGUUUGACGCCUGUAUGCAGUUGUCCGCGUGAUAUGACCGGUGAUCCAUUCGUGAGCUGUCGGCCAUUUACUAAAGAGGAUCUUUGUGAGCCGAAUCCUUGCGGUACAAAUGCCAUUUGCGUACCAGGCCAUGACAAUACAGGACGAGAGCGCCCAGUCUGCAACUGCCUACCUGGCUAUACUGGCAAUCCAUUGACGCACUGCACGCGGGGCGAAUGCCUGAGCAACAACGAGUGUCCUGACAAUAAGGCUUGUAUCAACUAUCAGUGUGUGAACCCUUGCAUUGGCAAGUGUGCUGCUGGUGCUACUUGCGAGCCCAAGGCUCAUUUGGCGGUGUGCAAGUGUCCACCUGGCUAUUCAGGUGAUGCGUUGGUGUCGUGUCGCCAAUCGCGCGCCUUCCCUGUGGCCAAGUACGAUGGUUGCACGCAGUGCGGCAAAUAAUUUGCUUCAGCUUGCUAUCUGGAAUGAUGAGUACAACUGCCAUGCGCUGGAGAAGGCGUACAUGGGAUGCGCUAAGCUGCCAUUUAAAUCUUCCACUAUUGUUACACCGAAUUUCCAGAUGAUUUUUUCUUUUUAUUUCUUGUUUUUCGCUUAUAUUUAAAAUUUACGUCCCAUUUAAGCGCUGUUCUGAAAUUAAGAUUUUUGUUUAAUUUUGGUUUUUAAAUACAUAUAUUAAGCAUUUUGUUAAAUGAUUAUUGUGACAUGUAAGCGAGGUAUCCUUAAUAAAUUUAAUUUAUAACUAAAAAA